GUGUGACGUUUGCGGGAAGGUCUUCUCCCAGUCCUGCAAGCUCCUGGCGCACCAGUGCAUCCACACCGGGGAGAAGCCCUUCCGCUGCCAGGCUUGCGGCCGCUCCUACAACCGCCUGGACAACCUGCGGCGCCACCAGCGCUCCCACCUGGUGGAGCGCCCGCACGUCUGCCCGGUCUGCGGCCGGGCCUUCGCCGACCCCGGCCGCCUGCUGUCCCACCAGCGCGGCCACGCCGCCGAGAAGCCGUUCCGCUGCCCGGCGUGCGGCCGGGGCUUCGCCCGCUCGGCCAAGCUGGCCCUGCACCGGUGCCCGCAUGCCGGCGGCGGCGCCGCCCCCGCAGCUGAGCGCCUGCACCGCUGCGGCGACUGCGGCAAGACCUACAACCGGCCGGAGAAUCUGCGCCGGCACCGGCGUUGCCACGGCCGCCUGCGGAAGGGCCUGCACUGCCUGCUGUGCCAGAAGUCGUUCAACCUGUUCUCCACCUUCCUGGCCCACCAGGCGCUGCACACCGGCGAGAAGCCCUUCCGCUGCGCCGUCUGCCACAAGGGCUUCGGCGCUUCGGCCUCCCUGCUGGCGCACCAGUCCAUCCACACCGGCCAGAAGCCCUACCGCUGCGGCGACUGCGGCAGCAGCUACAACCGCCUGGACAAUCUACGCCGGCACCAGCGGUCGCACCAGGGCGACCCGGCGCCAGCCGAGGGCGGGGAGAGGAGGAGGAGGAGGCGGAGGAGGAGCGCCGUGGCCAAGGGGCCCCUCCAGGCGGAGCGGGACGUCCCCUUCCAGCUGGUCUUCCGGUGCGAGGUUUGCGGGGAGACCUUCCCCGCGCUGUCUGAUCUCCAGGAGCACCGUCUGGGCCACGCCGAGACUUCAUAUCCCUGCGACGUCUGCGGGGAGAGCUUCUCCGAGGCGUCUGCCCUCCAGACGCACCGUCUGGGCCACGCCGAGACCUCGUACGGCUGCGACAUCUGCGGAGAGACGUUCCCCGCGCUAUCAGACCUCCAGACGCACCGUCUGGCCCACGCCGAGACCUCGUACUGCUGCGACGUCUGCGGAGAGAGCUUCUCCGAGGCGUCUGCCCUCCAGACGCACCGUCUGGCCCACGCCGAGACAUCGUACGGGUGUGACGUCUGCGGGGAAUCGUUCCCCGCGCUGCCUGAACUCCAGACGCACCGUCUGGCCCACGCGAAGACCUCAUACAGCUGCGACGUCUGCGGGGAAUCGUUCCCCGAGUUGUCUGCCCUCCAGACGCACCGUCUGGCCCAUGAGGAGCCGUCGUACGGGUGUGACGUCUGUGGAGAGACGUUCCCCGCGCUGCCUGACCUCCAGACGCACCGGCUGGCCCACGCGGAGACUUCGUAUCCCUGUGACGUCUGCGGGGAGACGUUCCCCGCGCUGCCUGACCUCCAGACGCACCGGCUGGCCCACGCGGAGACUUCGUAUCCCUGUGACGUCUGCGGGGAGACGUUCCCCGCGCUGCCUGACCUCCAGACGCACCGUCUGGCCCACGCGGAGAGGCGGGGAGGACACCGCUGUGACACCUGCGGGGAGACAUUUCUCCGAGCGGAGGAGUUGCUGGUGCACAGCUACGUGCACGCGGGGGAGCGGCCCUUCUCCUGCACCGUCUGCGGCCGCGGUUUCACCAAAGCGUCUUCCCUGUGCGCCCAUCAGGCCAUCCACACCGGCCAGAAGUCUUACCGCUGCUCCGUCUGUCCAAAAAGCUACAACCGCCUGGACAACCUCCGGCGACACCAGCGGGUGCACUUGGGCGAGCGGCCUUUCCGGUGCACGGUGUGCGGCCAGGGCUUUGUCUCCUCGGCUCUCCUACGCGCCCAUCGGGCGGCCCAGCAUCCUGGCAUCACCCGCGCUCCCCCCUCCUCCUCCUCCUCCUCCUCCCCCCAACCGCCACCAGCGUCCUCCAAUCGCCCAGCAUCCCCAGACCCGGUCAUCCACGUGGCCACGCGCUUUGAGUGCCGGGUGUGCGGCGAGGGCUUUGCUGACUCACUGGGACUCCGCGCCCAUCGCUCUCUGCACCUCCAGCCCUCCUACCAGUGCCCCGAGUGCGGGGAGAUCUUCAACGACUCAUCUUCCCUCCAAUCCCAUUGCUUGACUCACGUAGACUCCUCCUACCAGUGUCCCGAGUGUAGGGAGAUCUUCGAAGAUCCAUCUUCCCUCCAAACCCAUCGUUUGACCCACGUAGACUCCUCCUACCAGUGUCCUGAGUGUAGGGAGAUCUUCGAUGGUCCAUCAUCGCUCCAAACCCAUCGUUUGACCCACGUAGACUCCUCCUACCAGUGUCCCGAGUGCGGAGAGAUCUUCGAAGAUCCAUCUUCCCUCCAAACCCAUCGUUUGACCCACAUAGACUCCUCCUACCAGUGUCCCGAGUGUAGGGAGAUCUUCGACGAUCCAUCUUCCCUCCAAACCCAUCGUUUGACCCAUAUAGACUCCUCCUACCAGUGUCCCGAGUGCGGGGAGAUCUUCAACGACUCAUCUUCCCUCCAAACCCAUCGUUUGACCCAUGUAGAUUCCUCCUACCAGUGUCCCGAGUGUAGGCAGAUCUUCGAAGAUCCAUCUUCCCUCCAAACCCAUCGUUUGACCCACAUAGACUCCUCCUACCAGUGUCCUGAGUGUAGGGAGAUCUUCGAAGAUCCACCAUCGCUCCAAACCCAUCGUUUGACCCACAUAGACUCCUCCUACCAGUGUCCCGAGUGUAGGGAGAUCUUCGAAGAUCUGUCAUCGCUCCAAGUCCAUCUUUUGACCCACGUAGACUCCUCUUACCAGUGUCCCGAGUGUAGGGAGAUCUUCGAAGAUCCAGCAUCGCUCCAAACCCAUCGUUUGACUCACGUAGACUCCUCCUACCAGUGUCCCGAGUGUAGGGAGAUCUUCGAAGAUCCAUCUUCCCUCCAAACCCAUCGUUUGACCCACAUAGACUCAUCCUACCAGUGUCCCGAGUGUAGAGAGAUCUUCGAAGAUCCAUCUUCCCUCCAAACCCAUCGUUUGACCCACAUAGACUCCUCCUACCAGUGUCCCGAGUGUAGGGAGAUCUUCGAAGAUCCAUCUUCCCUCCAAACCCAUCGUUUGACCCACGUAGACUCCUCCUACCAGUGUCCCGAGUGUAGGGAGAUCUUCGAAGAUCCAUCUUCCCUCCAAACCCAUCGUUUGACCCACAUAGACUCCUCCUACCAGUGUCCCGAGUGUAGGGAGAUCUUCGAAGAUCCAUCUUCCCUCCAAACCCAUCGUUUGACCCACGUAGAGUCAUCCUACCAGUGUCCUGAGUGCGGGGAGAUCUUCGAUGAUUCCUCCUCUCUCCAGACUCAUCGGGCUGUCCACGCCGAUACCUCGUACCGCUGCCCCGAGUGCGGUGAGGUGUUCGCCGACUCGCCCACCCUCCAAGCUCACCGCCUAAGCCACGCCGACGCCUCGUACCAGUGCCCUGAGUGCCGGGAGAUCUUCGACGACUCCCCUUCCCUGGCCGCCCACCGGCUCAGCCACAUCGACACCGGUUACCGGUGUGCCGGCUGCGGCCAGGACCUGGAGGGCGCCCUGGCCCUCUCUGCCCACCGGUGCCCGGCCACGCCGGGAGACAAGCCCUUCCGCUGCCUGCUGUGCGGCAAGGGCUUCAGCCAGGCCGUCUCGCUCAGGAAGCACCGGUGUGCCGGCGGUGCCGGGGGAGCCGAGGGGGUGGCGCCGAGUCCACCCGUCGCGGUCCCCAGGGGCUCCCGGCUCUCCCAGCGCCCCGGGGAGCGCUGCUUCCGCUGCCCGGCCUGCCCCAAGGGCUACAACCGCCUGGACAACUUGCGGCGGCACCAGCGGGUGCACCUGGGCGAGAGGCCGUUCCGCUGCACCGCCUGCGGCGAGGGCUUCCCCUCGUCGGCCUCGCUGCGGGCGCACCGGGCGUCCCGGCACUCGGGGCGCCCCCCCUCGCGGCGGGCGGGCGCCCCCUUCGAGGGGCACCCCUUCCCCUGGGCGGGCGGGGAGGCGGCAGCGGCGCCCGCCCUCCCCACGUCCCCGGGGUCACCGCCCCCCGGCUGCGACCUGUGCGGGGAGCGGCUGCCGGACGCCCUCUCCCUCCGCACCCACCGGCUCCUGCACACCUGGGGGGUGGGGCGCCGGGCGGAGGGGGAGGGGCAGGGGGGAGGGGAGCCGUGCCAGUGCCCGCAGUGCGGCGCCACCCUGCCCGGCCCCUCCGCCCUGGAGGAGCACCUCCUGCUGCACGCCUGGGAGCAGCCGUUCCGCUGCGACGUGUGCGAGGCCCGUUUCACCGACUCCUGCGCCCUGACCGAGCACCAGCUGGGGCACGGCGCGGGGCCCGGCAGCCCGGCGCGCUCCCCUGCCCUCCCCCGGUCCUUCGGCGCCGGCCCGGCGCUGCGCGCUCACCGCACCAUCCACACCGGCGACAAGCCCUACCGGUGCCAGGUCUGCGCCCGCAGCUACAACCGCCUGGACAACCUCCGCCGGCACCAGUCCACCCACCUCAAGGCGGAGCGCUGA